AUGGCCUCUUCGUUGGCGGGAAGCUCCUUCUCCAAAGACCCCCGCGGCGGCGGCGAGUCUCUGCUGCUGCUGCUGAGUAGCGGCUCGGUGGGGGGUGCCCCUUUCGGCCCGGGGCCGCCCGCACCGCGCUUCCUGGAGCCGUUUCCCGCGGCGGGGGUCUUUCAACCCCCGUCGACGGCCGCGCCGGGAGGAUUGAGCCCUGGCGCGUCUCCGCUGGUGCCGUUCCCUUUCCCGCGCCUGCCGGCUGCCUUCGCCGACCCCCGCCCACCGCUGCCCCGGCCCACGCCGGUGCUGGCCUCGCCCUUCCCGCCGAAGAGAGACUCCCCGCGACGGCGCCUCCCCGACCGAGCCGAGCCCAAGAAGAGUACCCCCGACGGAGCGGCGGAGGGCGAGCAGCGCCCGCCCGGCUACCGCUUCACCGCCCAGGAACUCCACGCCGUCCUGUACGGGGCCCUGCCCGGAACUGUUGAUGCUCAGACCCCGCUGUUGGACAAAUCUGCUCUGCAACUGCCUGAAGGGUUGACGGUGUUGCAGACCGUGGAUGUGGAGGGUCCACAGCUGGGUGUCUUCUGCACUGAGACCAUCCCGAAGGGGGUCCGCUUUGGCCCUUUCCAGGGUAAAGUGGUCAACACCAGUGAGAUCAAGACUUACGACGAUAAUUCCUUGAUGUGGGAGAUUUUUGAGGACGGCCGCUUGAGUCAUUUCAUCGACGGGAAGGGCUCAUUGGGCAACUGGAUGUCCUUGGUGAACUGCGCCCGCUUCCCCGAGGAACAGAACUUGACGGCUCUACAGUGCCAGGGCCAGAUUUAUUACGAGAGCUGCAGAGAGAUCGUGCCGGGCCAAGAGCUGCUGGUCUGGUAUGGAGAUUGCUACUUGCAGUUCCUGGGUAUCCCCAUCAGCCUGAAAGGAACCGCAGAUGGAAGGCGAUCCCAGCAGUACAGCGAAGAGUCUAUGGAGGGUUACAAAUGUGAGCGCUGCGGCAAGGUGUUUGCCUACAAAUACUACCGGGAUAAGCAUCUGAAAUACACGCGGUGCGUGGAUCAAGGGGACCGGAAAUUCCCAUGCCAUCUCUGCAACCGAUCCUUUGAAAAAAGAGACCGACUGAGGAUCCACGUUCUCCACGUCCACGAGAAGCACAGGCCUCAUAAAUGUUCUGUGUGUGGUAAAAGUUUCUCUCAGUCUUCCAGUCUAAACAAGCACAUGAGGGUUCACUCUGGGGAAAGGCCUUAUAAAUGUGUGUACUGCAAUAAGGCAUUUACCGCCUCCAGCAUCCUACGCACUCACAUCCGCCAGCAUUCGGGAGAGAAGCCCUUUAAAUGUAAACACUGUGGCAAAGCAUUUGCUUCGCAUGCUGCCCAUGACAGUCAUGUGCGCCGCACACACAAUGCUAAAGACAAAGGUCGCACAUGUACCUUGUGUGGUAAAAUAUUCCAAGAGGCAGAAGAAUUCCGCUUCCAUAUGAAGUUUCAUGCAACUCUUUAG